GAGAGAGAGAGAGAGAGAGAGAGAGAGAGAGAGAGAGAGAGAGAGAGAGAGAGAGAGAGCGCCUGUCACUUCACUUAUGAGCCUCAUUUACACCAGACAGAGUACUUCAGCUGUGGUGGAGGUGUUGUCAGAUUGAGUUUGUCUGCAGACCCAGUUUAAAAACAAUCAAAAUGUCAGUGAAUCCGAAAUUUGUGAGUCCUUUCCACAGACCGCACUGUUUAUCAGCCGCUGCGCCGGCCGGACAAGUCAAACUCACGCACCCGGGAAAGGCCAUUUUAGCGGGUGGGAUCGCUGGAGGUAUUGAAAUCUGCAUCACGUUUCCUACAGAGUAUGUGAAAACACAGCUACAGCUAGAUGAAAAGGCAAACCCCCCUCGAUAUAAAGGCAUUGCUGACUGUGUGAAACAGACGGUGCGUGGUCAUGGUGUGAAGGGGCUGUACAGGGGUCUGAGCUCUCUGCUCUAUGGAUCUAUUCCCAAAGCUGCGGUGAGGUUUGGCAUGUUUGAGUUCCUUAGUAAUAAGAUGAGGGAUGAGUCUGGUAAACUGGACAGCACACAAGGGUUAAUCUGCGGUCUGGGUGCAGGAGUGGCAGAGGCUGUUGUUGUGGUGUGUCCUAUGGAGACUGUUAAGGUGAAAUUUAUCCACGAUCAGACCUCAGCAAACCCAAAGUAUAGAGGCUUUUUCCACGGAGUCAGAGAAAUAGUGAGAACACAAGGACUCAAAGGAACUUAUCAGGGCUUGACAGCGACUGUACUGAAGCAGGGAUCAAACCAGGCCAUACGAUUCUAUGUAAUGACCUCAUUGAGAAACUGGUACAAAGGUGAUAACCCCAAUAAGACUAUUAACCCCUUCAUAACUGGAAUGUUUGGAGCGAUUGCUGGAGCUGCAAGUGUGUUUGGUAAUACACCGCUGGAUGUGAUCAAAACUAGAAUGCAGGGGUUGGAGGCUCACAAAUAUAAGAGCACUGUUGACUGUGCCAUCAAGAUCAUGAAACACGAGGGACCGGCAGCAUUCUACAAAGGCACCGUUCCCAGGUUAGGUCGAGUGUGUCUGGACGUGGCUAUUGUGUUCAUCAUCUAUGAGGAAGUUGUGAAAGUUCUCAACAAAGUGUGGAAGACGGAUUAAUGGAGCUGUGAUACUGACCAAAUAUGGUGAUGGGCGGAGUUGGCCUUCGUGACAUCAUACUGAUGUGGGAACAUUUACACAGGGGCCAAAAUACCUGCGUACAGCUGACGACAAAUAGUCACUGGAAUGUACUUAAUUCUUCUUAUUUAAUCAAGAUUUCCCCAACUAAUGUGAGAAAGAUGCCAAAUACUUGAAAAUUAGACUAAAGAUAAAUAUUUGUGUUUUUUUAACCCUAAAUCCAAUUUUAAUAAUAGAUAUUUCUGAAUAGGAAAAAUGUUCUGAAACAUUUAAAGGUUGACUUUUGUUAGUGUUCUAGUUUUAACAAUAUUAUAUAUUCUUAAGUGCAAUUUACCAGCAUACAUUACAUACGCUUUCAUUUUGUUUUCUUAGGCUACUAAUUUAAACACCAUAAAACUUAAGACAGAGAAUCUUGUGCAUCUUAGAAAAGAUCUUUUAAAUGAUCUUAAACUGUUGUCACAUCCUAAGAUGAAGCAUAAAUUUAACCCUACAAUACAACAAAGCUUUUCAUGUUAAGAUAUGCAUGUUUUAUACCCUAUAGUUGUACAUAAUACAUGCACUUUCGCAUUAUAGAUUUGAUAGUAAUUCAGGGUUUGUGAUUAUUUUAAGUGCCUGCAUUAAUAUACAUUCUAUAUUUUUCUUUGCAUUUAUAUGAUCAUUGCAAUAAAUUACAUACAAUUAUUCUCAACUUAAACCUCACUCAAAAAAAUAUUUAAGCCUAAUUUUUAGAUUUACACAUUUGAAUUUCAUAACAAAAUUUCAUCAACUUUAAUUGCAUAAUCUUUAACCAAAUUCAAUUAUCUAAAACAUAUUUUAUGUGUGGAUUACGCAGUUCUAGUUUUGUUAUGAAAUUGAAUUUUUGGAGUGCCUUUGCUCUGUUUAAGGACAGAUUUAAUUGUACAACCAAAUAUCUGAACUGAAUAGCACACAACAUGCUGUGCAAAAAACACUCAAACCUAAUGAAAACUGGACCGUAUUUAGCCUCACCAAAGAUCCGGGUUACAUUAGAAAUAUGUUGAAUUAUUUAACAUUAUUUGAAUGCAGUUUAUGAUGAUGAUGUAUUAUUUAACAGAUCUAGCCAGAGUCUCUUAAAUACUGAUCCUAUAUCAGUACAUGCCUUAAAUGUGUAUCAGUUUGAUUGUUUUUAUGUUCCAGUGGUUCUGCAUUCCUACCUCAAAACUUCUUAAAAAUCUGCUACUGCUACGAUCGCACAAAAGCUUUUGAGGGCAAGUGAACACAAUGUCUUCUAGAAUAACACUGCAGACUGACAUGUAACAAAUAACAUUUUAAAAAAAGUGACUUCACUUUUGUUUUCGAUUGUAAUUAAGUUGAAGUAUUGUGUUUCACACCAGACCAGUGAAAUAACAAUGACUUAACUUAUUAUACGUAGUAUGUUUUAAAAAUACUGUAGUCAGGGUACGACUGUUUAUGUAACAUGUUUUGCAUUCUCCAUACAUCAUGAGUGAUAUGGGAGAAUUCAGUUGACACAAUUGAUUGUCAAUACACUCAAAAAAUAUUUGAGCCUAUUUUUAAGAUUUAUGCAUUUCAGUUUCAUGACAAAAUUCCAUCAAAUUGAACGGUGUAAUUUUUAACCAAAUUAAAUUAAUAAACCUUAAAAUAAUUAGGUUUUGAUAAUUGUGUUUUAUUAAAGAUUACUCUGUUCAAUUUGAUGGAAUGUUUUUGCAUAAAUGGGUAAAUCUUUAAAAAAAAUAAUUUUUUUUUUUUUUUUGAGUGUAAGAACAUUUGUGCCUGUAGUUCUUCACUGAUGUAAUUGAGUUUUUUUGUAUCUUAUUUUAUUUAUUUUUUUAUCAUGUUGCAGCCAAAUCUGAUAUAUUGUGAGCCUGCUUUUGUGAAUGAAAUGGCAUCACUGAAUCAUGUUGGAUUUCAGGAAAUAAACAAGAUUUUAUUUAGUGUUUCUGUAAAAGAAAUCUGAGCGCAUUCCAGAUGUGUGACCUAAUAUAUGCAUUAAUUGCCAUGCUAAUGAAAAAUGUAAAUCUGUGUACAUUUCUAAUGUUCAUGGAAACAAUGUGCCUUCAUUUGAUGUUCUAAUUUAGAAAAAUUAUGCUGACUGGACAAAUGAGUAUGUUGUAUUCUUCUCUUACUAUUAAAUUAGGAUAAAUAAAAAUGUAUUUGUUCUA